GCGGGACACUGGCAGCCACGGGGAGGUCGGUUGGGAACAGUCCUUCUCGAAGUCGCCCGCGAUGUCUCCGCCAGACGACAGACCCCUCCGGGAGACAGACGGACCUCGGGCUCGGAGCCGCUGGUUCCCGGGGCAGAGGACGCGGGCCGGAGGGUCUGCGCCGCUUAGGGCCCCCUGUCAGCCCCCAGCCGUGCGGGUCGCAGCCGAGGCGCCGGCCACCAUGUUCAACCAGCAGCUCCAGCAGCAGCAACUCCAGCAGCAGCAGCUCCUCCAGCUCCAGCAGCUGCUCCAGCAGUCCCCCCCGCAAGCCCCGCUGCCCAUGGCCGUCAGCCGGGGACUUCCCCAGCAGCAGCCACAGCAGCAGCUUCUGAAUCUCCAAGGUGCCAACUCCGCCUCCCUCCUCAAUGGCUCUGUGCUACAGAGAGCUUUGCUUUUGCAGCAGUUGCAAGGACUGGACCAGUUUGCAAUGCCACCAGCCACGUACGACAGUAGCGGUCUCACCAUGCCCACAGCAACACUGGGUAACCUCCGGGGCUACAGCCUGGCGACCCCGAACCUGACGCCCCCCAGCCUCACUCCCCCGCAGCUGGCUACCCCGAAUCUACAGCAGUUCUUCCCCCAGGCCACUCGGCAGUCCUUGCUGGGUCCCCCUCCUGUCGGGGUCCCCAUGAACCCCUCCCAGAUCAACCUUUCAGGGCGGACUCCCCAGAAACAGGCCCGCACUCCCACCUCCAGCACCCCUCAUCGCAAGGAUUCUUCUUCUCAGACCACGCCCGUGGAGGACGAGUCAGACCCCCCAGAGGGGUCUGAGGAAGCUGUCGAGUCCCGAACAAACAUGCCGAAAGACCAAGGCUCCCCACCCUGCCCAGGUGACAUCAUGAAGGAGAAGCGCACUCUAGCACCUACCCCCGAGUCUUGCGAGGCAUCUGAGCCACCAGCUAAGAGGUCAAAGAGCUCAGAGUUGCCCACAGAAAAGGGGCCCCCCGGGCAGCUGCAGGCGAAGGUCCCACCUCAGGCCCGCACCACGGCACCAAAGCAGACACAGACACCCGAGCUGCUGCCUGAGCCACUGGAAGCCCGAGUAUUGCCACGAUUCCAGCCACGGGUUCUGCAGAUCCAGGCCCAGGUGCAGCCGCAGACGCCGCCACUGACGGCCCCCGUGGACACCCCGGCGAGGCACCAACCGCAGAAGCAGGCGCAGACACAGACCUCUCCGGAGUUUGUGGGGCCGAGGCCGGGGCAGGAGGGGGCGGGGCCUCAGAAACAGGCGCAGCCCCAGGCACCUUCCCAGGCCCCGGGCCAGGUGCAGACCCAACUGCAGAAGCAGGCACAGACGCAGACGUAUCCUCAGGUCCAGCCCCCGGAUCAGCCACGGGGGCACCCUCCAGCGCCGUCGCCCGGGCAGCCGCCGGACCAGACUGAGGGACGGCUUCAGCCCCCGCCACGGGUGCUGGUGCCCACACUGGAGCCGGCGCCGGAGUCGCCGCCGGAUAAGAGAGAUACUGCAGCCGGCCCGGAGAAGGCCUCCCCAGAGCCGGGGGGCGCCCAGGUCAGCGUGGAGAGCCAGGACGAGUUGACCGGUGGCCUCGAUGUGGGAGAAUGUGAAAAAAGAGCCAGAGAGAUGCUAGGGGUGUGGGGUGCCGGGGGCUCCCUGAAGGUCACCAUCCUGCAGAGCAGCGACAGCCGGGCCUUCAGCACCGUCCCUAUCACCCCUGUGCCCCGCGCUGGCGACUCUGCGUCCACUGCCCCAGCCGCCGCCAGCACGCCUUCUAAGCAGACCCUCCAGUUCUUCUGCUACCUCUGUAAGGCCAACUGUAGCAGCCAGCAGGAGUUCCAGAACCACAUGUCGGGGACCCAGCACCAGCAGCGGCUCGGGGAGCUCCAGCACACGAGCCAGGCCUGCCUCCUGUCCCUGCUGCCCGUGCCCCGGGAUGUGCUGGAGAGAGAAGAUGAAGAGCCCCCGCCGAGGCGCUGGUGUAACACCUGUCAGCUCUACUACAUGGGGGACCUGAUCCAGCACCGCAGGACGCAGGACCACAAGAUCGCCAAGCAAUCCCUGCGACCUUUCUGCACCAUUUGCAACCGCUAUUUCAAGACCCCCCGCAAGUUUGUGGAGCACGUGAAGUCCCAGGGACACAAGGACAAAGCCAAGGAGCUGAAGAUGCUCGAGAAGGAGACAGCCGGCCAGGAUGAGGACCACUUCAUCACGGUGGAUGCCGUGGGCUGCUUUGAGGGUGAUGAAGAGGAGGAGGAGGAUGAUGACGACGAGGAAGAAGAGAUUGAGGUUGAGGAGGAAUUCUGCAAGCAGGUGAGGUCCAGAGAUAUAUCCAUAGAGGAGUGGAAAGGCUCAGAGACCUAUAGCCCCAAUACCGCAUACGGUGUGGACUUCCUGGUGCCUGUGAUGGGCUACAUCUGCCGCAUCUGCCACAAGUUCUACCACAGCAACUCGGGGGCACAGCUCUCCCACUGCAAGUCCUUGGCCCACUUCGAGAACCUGCAGAAAUACAAGAAGGCCAAGAACCCCAGCCCUACCAGCAGGCCCGUGAGCCGCCGGUGUGCGAUCAACGCCCGCAACGCCUUGACUGCUCUGUUCACUUCUGGCGGCCGCACACCCACCCAGCCCAGCACCCAGGACCCAGCGAAAACCCCCAGCAAGAAUGCCUCAACCACAAGUCAUUCAAGGACCAGCUCAAAACGCCUCCUCUUCUAAGAAGCCUUCCCUGGUCUCCACCAGAAACCAUCACCCCCUCCACAGCCACUCCUGACCUGCCUCUCAGCAGCACAGUGUCCCUUAGGAUCCAAGAUCUGGGCCUGUGCCCACUGCGGACCCAGUUCGGAGCCAGCCCUGUGACUCAGACACACUCAGCUGCCAGCCUGGGACAAAGAGGGGAGCUGCUGGCAGUGUUUGGAAAAGGCCAGGGUGGAGGAGUGGGUCUGGGAUAUGGGUGCAAGUGUGCAUUCUGAGGGAAGAGCACCAUCGCCCGAAGCUGGCACACCUCACAGAGGACAGUCCGGGAAAGUCCCUCCUGGAUUGUAGAGUCCAAGCCCCUUGUGGUACCGAUGGGAAAACUGAGGCCCAAGAAGGAAGGGACCUAUCCAGGAUCCGCCAGCUGGUUGGUGGCACAGCCAAGAUUCAGAGGGAGCAGGGCACCUGGAUUUCGGUCCCCACUCUGCUCCACCCCAGCCAGUGACUGCUGUCUUUUUGGGACGGGAAUAAGGACCAGGUUGUGAGGAUUCCAAUGUAUUAAGAACUCAGAUAGGGUCUGGCCACAGCAAGUACUUAGUAGAUGGUCAUUAUUAUCAACACUGCGCAUUCUGUGUCAGGUGACACAGGCCGGAGGCAGGUGGUGUCCCCACACCACUGGGGCCAGGCUUUAUCUGUGUCAAGGGCACUGCCAGUGCUAAGCCUUUGCCUUCUGCCUGGGACAGCCACCUCCCCACUGCACUAAGUCCCGUGAAUCUGCCAACACCCACUCAGUGUGACACCUGAGCGGCUUUUUCUGAAGGCUCUCGCUGCCACUGUAGGCUUCCUUCUACACAUCUGGCUUCUGUUCACCUGCAGCGCCCAGGGCAAACUGGCCAGCCUACUACUUACUACCCUGUGGGAGGUCCUCUCCCUCUUUAUUAAAUGCAGUUCCCAGGUGAUCAAAGUGUUCUGAAACUACUGUGAUGGAUGCAUGAUUCUGAACAUCCUAAAACCCACUGACAUGUACAAUUUAAAUGGAUACAUUGUAUAAUAUGUGAAUUAGAGCUCAAUAAAGCUGUUAGCCAAACAAAACA